ACGCCGGAGCGGCAGUUCCUUCUGGUGCGUGCGUAGGAGAACGUCUCUUUUUCGCCCGGUCACGAGAGAGAGGGAAUGUAAAUCUGACGUUUCGUUUAUCAUUCUUCGAAACUGCCUCUGAGAGGCCGGGAGUCUCCGAGUCUCGGUCCGCGAGUGUCGGUCGCCGGUAAACCCUCGCGUUUCGUCCGUCGACGCUGAUCCAGUGUUCCGAGUGCGCGAUAAACAGUGCAUGCGCCCGUCGAAGCAGUGUAUACCACGCGCGUUCGUGUGUUUUGUCGCGUGCCGUCGAGGUGUAGAGAGCGAGAUAGAGCGUCAGAGAAAGAGAGAGAGAGAGAAAGAGAGGGAAUCAAGCGAAAAGUAUUUUCGACGAGAGAGACCGAAAGGGCAAGAGCAGGACAGAGCACCAGUGCAGAGUCCCUCUCGAGGAAGAGCGGCGACGAGUCGAGGGUUGGAUAGAGCGAGAGAGGGACAGAGAAAAUGGACUAUUUAACACGGUCCUAAGAAUAGCCGGUGCGCGUUCGUACGCGAGUAUACUAAGCGCCUAUAAAUACACACCUACCACGGGCCGCGGAAACACGAGCCUGUAGAUUUCACGGUGCAACCUGCCACGAGGAGAUAGAAAAGACGCGGCGGAGCCGAAGGGAAAAGGGGGAAGAAUAAUCUUGAAGGAGGGCGCACCUGGCGCUCUAAGAGAAACUUGCCAUAAUCGGAUCUAGUUGGAGGCACUAACGCAAGAUAAUCGCGGCACGCGGGCCGAGGAACACGGAAACCGGAACGAAGAAAAGGAAGAUGCCUCGCGGGAGAUCGUCGACAGAGUACCGCGGAUGACCGGGAGAGGUAUGAGGAUCAUCGCCGUCGCGUUGGAUGGUCGAAGUGGCUCGUGCGCAGCUAGACACCCGCCGUCGGAACGAUUCCCGAUAGGACCAGCCGCCGUCCGUCGGUCGAGCAUCACCGCGCGGAUUCGCCGCGACGCACCGGUGAGAAUUAAUCCCAUCGUCGCGCGCGGUGACACGGGCAAACAGUGAAGUGAAACGGAAAAAGUGCCGAGGAGAGGAGAAGUGGUUGUUCACGGUGGAGGGUGGAGGGAACGGUGUGCAAGGGGUCGCCGCCGUGGGCCCCGGAGAUGACGCGAUGAUGGCCUACGGAGGAACCACCGGCAACGGUGGCGCGAUGGGACCCUCGUCCGCCGGCACGGACGUUUUGGGCUCCGCCGGCGAUUACAGCCCGCAGGGAACCCCGACGCCCCUCACGGGACAUUCCGCGGGACCCGUUGAGGCAACCACCUACGGUCCCGCCGGAGGGUCCGCCAGCUACAGUCCCCAGGACAGCCCGGCGAGCACCGGCGGCGGCGGCGGAAGCGGCACCAAUGGCCAGCUACCCAGCUUCGGCUUCACCCAGGAACAGGUCGCCUGCGUUUGCGAGGUAUGCGGCUUCCUCGUAUCUUUCCAUUUACUUUCGUGGACGAAUUCGUGUCACACGACCCCCGCGGGUCCACUAAAACCAGAGAAGAACGCUGACACGGCGGGGCUCUUCAACCGGAUUUCCGGUUUGGAAUCUCUGCGGUUCCGGAGAUACAGAAAGUAUCGCGUACGACGCAAGUUUCCUCUACCCAGAACGAUCUGGGACGGCGAGGAGAUGUCCUACUGCUUCAAGGAAAAGUCCAGGAGCGUGCUCAGGGACUGGUACGCUACCAAUCCUUAUCCCUCGCCCCGAGAGAAGCGGGAACUGGCGGAAACAACGGGCCUCACCACCACGCAAGUUAGCAAUUGGUUCAAGAACAGGAGGCAACGAGAUCGCGCGGCCGAACACAGCGGUCAAAGGGAAGAGAAGACACACGGCGGCGGUCUCGGUGACUCGAGCAGCGAGAGCGGCGACGAGGCGAAGAGGCAAGCGGUCGGCCAGCAACAGCCUCAGCAGCCUUCCGCGUGCGCGGUGCAGCAGCAGCAGCAGCAACAGCAGCAAAUUGUCGAGCACCAACAGACGUCGGGCAUGUACCAGCUUCCGCCGCCCGUUUCCGUCUCCAGUCCUCACUCGUAUCACCAAGGCCACGGCUCGACCCUCAGCCACCCUCACACACCGACGCACCACAUGCAACACCACGACACCAGCAGCGAGAGCGGCGACGACAAGCGGAACCUUCAUCAUCAGCUGCAGCAUCAUCUACAGGUCGGCGCGCACGGCACCCACGGCCUGGUGCAUCCGACAGCGACGCUGCCGCCUCCACCGCCCAGCUGCGCCCAGCAGAAGAGCCAGUUGGACUACAUGCAGUACUACAGUCCGCAGGACUACCUGAUCGGCACGCCGACCUCGGCCGACCUGCAGAAGUCUCUCCCCCACACGGCGACGUCGAUGCAGAUGGGUGCUAUAGCUCCGUCGAUGGGCGGGCUGAGCCCGAUGGGUCCGUCGACGAUGCUGCCGAACACGAUGCAGGGCGUGAACACGAUGAACACGAUGUCGAUGAACGGCAUGGGGAUGGGCGCGUACCAGGGGAUGGGCUCGAUGGGCAUGUCGACGUCGCACGGCAGUUAUCACAGCGGCCUCGUGCUGGGCGACUAUCACUCGUUGUGACCCUGGGCCCCGGGCAGCCAAGGCAAGGGUACCAAGAGGAAGCUGAACGGAGAACUGGUCUCGUAAGGAUCCUGCCGCGAAACAAUCCAAUGCACGUCUCCGACCACGCGUAACGAGAUUAAACUCACUCGACCGAUUUCCCGAGCCGAGAACAUACGAAAACUCAACUCUCCUACCACGCUGGAACUCUUCGGAGUUCUCCCUAAACUUCUCGGACCUUAGGAAACGAGGAACGGUUCCCCCUGCCACGCGAUCGGUGGAACAUCGAAUCGCUCUCGCGAACUGUUCUCCGUUUACUUUCUCGCCGGAAGACGAAAGGAAAGGCUGAGAGAUCGAAACGAAACGCCAGAGGAUCGCGCCUGGUAUGAUCACCGGGAGCGCGUCGAACAGCGAAGAGGAGUUCCGAUGGGAAGCUCGUUGGUGCGCUUUCGUUUCGUCGUCUCGAUUCCCGGUGUUUCUGACGAAGCCUCGAUGUUGAUCGUUGAACCCGGAGGGCAGAGCUAGGCGGCUGCUUCGCCGGGAUGGACGCGCCGGUCUAGCCUCCGGGUGAAAUAGCAAAAGACAUGUUAGCAUUUUUUUUUCUUUUCGCGUAUACAUAUACCGCGUGAUCGCGCGACAAGGCAGAGAGCUCGUACACUUCCAGAUACCGCGGCGGCUGCGCGCCGCGUCUAUUUUUCGCGGAUCCGACCAUCCCCUUAACCCACUUUUCGAUCCCCCCGCCCGCGCAGAACAUCAAUUUUCACCUCCUCCCCAGGAACCUGAGCAAUCCUAAUUCUUGUAGCGUUAACGCCCGUACCUAGCUCCUCGGAAUAAGAGACAAAGCAUACGUUAUUUACGGUUACCAGUAGUCGGGGUCGGACCGUGCACGCUUCAGCCGCGAUGAGCGAUGGGUAGACUCGUCGGGGAUUAGCGUGACGCCGUGUCAACCGAAUUCCGUGGACGCGAGUCGGUCGAUAAGUAAUUGGUACACCCCGAAAAAUUGGGAAUGUUUCGAAUCUUUUAUUUUUAUUUCCGUCGUGCUUGGCACAGAGUGCCGAACACGUGAUUCGAUUCAGUCGGAAAAUACCGAGAAGUUAAAGUUACCGUCAACACUAGAACUACCGAGCACUUAAAGUGACUCUGGAAGAUUUCAUUAUUAAUACAAACGUGGAUUCAUUCGGAUUCGAAUUGGUUUAAAUUUCAGCCUAGGUGUUACUUAAUCAGCUUCUUUAGCAAUUUUUUUUAGUAAUCGCAACAGAAGAAAUCAAGGAAUGGGUCAUUCCAUUUGGUAGUUCUAGUGUUAAGUAUAUAGAAGUCAUUCUUCUUGCACCGCCAUCUUCGCGGAGUUGAUCGUGUCAAACACUUAGCAACUCGAAAACUUAGAAUCCUGAAAACUGAAUUAUAUCAAUUCGUCUCUUCGCGAAUUUGUUCGAGAUUUUUCGAGAAUAUGUUCCUUUUAACCUGGAGACAGCUUACUCGUCGACCGUCUGGAUCAGAUUUCGAACAGAAAGAUCACUCGUACCGAGUGUCUUUCACUCGGCGAUUUUUAGCUUUAAAUCGAGCUGCGUAUUCGAAUGACUUUCAAUAGAACCCCGACAGACAUUCGAAGCUCAUAGCGUGAAAUUGAAUGGCUCGCGGUUGACGUCGUCUCCCAAAGAUUCCACGAAAUUAAUCAGCGAUUCAUCCGACCCGAAUUAUCACGGAAUUCCGCGAACGUGCGAACAUAUAGGAGACUCUCGGGUCGGCCUGUUUCGAAACAGAAUCGAAGUAUGGCCGACGUUGCCCUCGAAAGACAGCUCGGACGUUGUGUCACCGGGAAAGACAACAGAGAAGCGAAGUUGGAGAAUGAUCCCUGAGGCGUGUACGGCUCCCCAGCCAGCAGCUAAUUAAUUAACGUCGCUAUAACGAACCACACAUGCUCUUUAUACACAAUCUUCUUACACCGUACGCUUCUGUGUUUGUCCUGUGUACAUAUGUAGAUAAUACACACAUACACGUACACGCGCAUACAACGUGAAACAAGCAUACACACACACACGCACACGCGUGAAACACUAACAACAUUCACACACGUACACGCACACGCGCAUACACGCAUACACGCGCAUUCGAGAGAAGAUUAAGUUAAUCUCGUUUGUAUUAGGCGAUCGCCGGGUGCUCGCGUUUCAAUUUCACCUCGUGAUAUUUAGAAUUACUCGCGAUGAUGGUCCAUCGAUUGGAAUCACUUCGAUUUAGAGGCCCCGUCUCUGCGAAAUCGUUCGCUUCGGUUGCACUGGUCGCUCGUGAACUCGAAUUCGACGCGAGUUAAAAGGAAGUUUGAACUGAACGAAAUUCUACGAUGUAGUCGAACGGAGAGAGUAGUUUCGUUCAAUUUCAAAAAUAGGGAAUAUGGAAAAUUCGCUUUCGAAGAUAUCGAGGUCUACAUUUUAUUAACGAUUUCGUGUGCAACUGGAUUCCUCGGACACCUAUUUUCACGUUUCAUUCUGGAGUUCUCUGGAUUUGCUACAUUUUCUAAUUAGAUUAUGCAGAAAUAUGAUCGUAAUUGCGGCUUGAAGAACUGCAGGCGUCCCGGUAGCUCGCGGAAGGGUUAAUUCGAGGUUCCCUUCGUCCGCGGCUCGACCUUGCGUUACGCAACGGUUUUCCGGAAGAAAUAAAUUGGGAUUUGCGGGAGGUUAAUUGGGCCCGCGGUGAAAAACGAUUUUAAUCGUGCCAGUUAGUCGACAGAAACGUGCGGAUUCGGAAUGGUAUGCAAAUUGGUCCGGCCAAAGCGGCGCGUAGUAGGCGGAGCAGCUGUUUCCUGCCAACCAAUUGCCUAGUGCCAAUCGUCCCGUCGCGGAUUCAAUCAGCAACACCUUUUCUGAACGCUUCGGUUGCCAUUGAGCCGUCUCGUCUCACCUUGCUCUUCGAUGUUGCUCGACGAUCUUAUCUUCCGCGGGACAAGAUUAAACGAACGAACGAGUUUUUGCUGCUCGACGCGGACUGUCCUCCACUGCCCGCCGCUUUUGUUCUAUUUCAUUCUAUUCCGUACUGGCGUUCGGUGUUCGCAGAAUUUAGAUUCUCCCGUAUCGUGCAUCGUUCGUUUCGCAACUGGUUUAAGUCGAUUUUUCGAAGAAUCAGUUUAACACGUUGAACGCCGCAUAAUUUCAUACAGUAAAUACGCAUAGUAGAGAAAGAAAAUAAUAUUAACCCUUCGCGGAGAGACGACAAUAUUUCAGCGACGUUGAACUUUCAUAUUUGGAGCACUAAAUAGCGAACAAACGAUCCAGUUACUCAAACAGCAAGAAUUCGGUGCGUAGUUUCCUUCAUUUUUACUAUUCAAGCAAUCGAUAUGUAAUUUAGCUUCGUCUGUUGGAAGUUUUAUGUAUUUCAUGAGAAUCUCCGUCCACAAAGGGUUAAAUCAUUUGAUUGAGUUGUGUUAUUAUUAUUGUGAUCUAGCUGAAUGUCACCGUAUUAGGUGGCACUAUUUAUAACAGAAAUGUUUUCGAAUAAUCGUUUCGUUGAGUGAACUAUAGCAAUCGGAUUUGAUCGGGGUCACCGGUGACCCCCAUGGCAUUCAACGUGUUAAUGGUAGUCACUAUCGUAGAUUCUAUGUUUUUAUUUUUAAACAGUUCUCUUUAAUGAACUUGUGGUUGUUUUAAUGGACAUAUUUUAAUACGCAUGGAACAAAGUAUGGAUGAAAUGAUCAAGAAAGAAAUGUUUGAACUUUUAAAUCGGUUUUCCAUUAGUUAUUUAUUUAUAAAAAUAUGUGUACGAAGUAACGUUACACUUCGUUUUCACGAGUGUAUCAAAUGUUGAUAGUUAGACUAUCUCCGACGAAUCCUCGCAUCGAAUAGCCCAGGAGUUCCGCAGGCUACCAAGAUCUCGACUUCCCGAGCAGCCAGUGCAUCGAAGCGAAAGCCGAAAUUCUCCGAAAUCGUGGAAAAGAAUACUUCUCGCUCGAGAAAGCUCCAAGAAACAUUUCGAAACGCCACGCGCACCCGGUAUAUGAUAAACACCGUCGUAGCGUAAGUUUAGCCCGUAAGUUAUCAUUUAAUCGCAGUUCGCAGUCUGUACAUAAAGAGAAAAAUCGAAUGUGUGUUUGAAAGAGAGUGUGUGUGAGAGAGAGAGAGAAAGAGAGGGUGAAAUUGAAGGAGUAAACGAGGAUGAGAGAGUGUCAGUGAGAAGUGUGACCAUGGGAGAAAGGGCAAGAGGAUGGAAGAACAUUUGAGAAAAUGGGAGAAUGAACGGGAGAGAAAGGAACGACAGGAUUAAAAUUCAGAUCGACUCCAGACAAAACUUCACUCGGGAUUUAAAUUGAAUCAGGGAAGUUUCUUUAAUUCGAAAUUAACCCCUUCAGACCGGACGUUAUAACGUGGGUACACUAUCCUAUUAAAUCAACGCCUGACAAAAUACCUUGGCAUUCCAGAAUUCUCUUUUUGUUUUAAAUCAUUUCAGAUGUUCAAGAUCUCUCGUUAAAUUUUAUUCAACAAUUUAACGAGAGAUCGUAGGAACAACCCUGUUUCGAUCGCGCAGAGCUUCGCGUCAAGCAUCAAGCUUUAUAAUUUCGUUGAAAGUGCAACCAAUCCUUGCUUCGAGCCUGUUUCUAUCCGAAAAACGACAUGCUACCAGAAUCUCUUCGUACAUGCAACCAGCGACACAUCGAAUGGCAGUCGGUCAGAUAAGUGAUCGUACGCUCGUGCGAAAAUCUGGUCUGCAGGGGUUGAGGGGAACAGCAGGAAGUCUGAAUAAAUCGGAACAUUUGAAUAACUCCUUGACGGAGGAACGUUGGAGAAAGCGCGGGAAUGAAAGGGGGAGAAAGGGCGAGAGGAGGACGAAGAAGAGGAUGAAGUGACAAACAGACUCGGGGGAGGGAAACAAGGGUUAUCGGUUCUCUAUUUAAGAGACAUCUCUCGCGCGCAGAUGUCCCGGAAUAUGUAUUCCGUUCGCCUGCGACAUUGCCUUGUAAGAUUCUUAUCUAGGAUGCUGAGGAGGGAAAGGAUUUCCCUUUAAACAGAGUCCUCGGGACGAAACAGGGUAAGAGAGAAGGGAAACGAAGAGAGAAUGAGAAAGAGAGAGAGAGAGAGAAAGUGAGAAUGAUGAAGAGAGAAUGAGAGAGAAAGGGGGAAAAAGAGCAAGCAAAGAGAUACAGCCGCUUUUGUAUAAAACACGCGCCUUCGACUCUUGGCUGCAGCUAACUUUCAGGCCACCCGGUACGUAAGGAAAUCGCGACCGUCCGAGAUCUGGCUUCUCGCAGGCGAUUUCAAGGAUUUUUAUCUAAGGAUAUCAUUUUUUGCGAUGUUCGGGAUAUAUCGCUACGAACGAUCCGUUCGUUUCCCCUUCCCUUUUUUUCAUUUGCUUUUUUCAUGAAACUCAAGAUCAACGAUCGAUACUGGACGUUUCUUUUUUCGGUUCUUCGUUUAUUCGAGUUGUUAAAACUCGCAGGGAUCUUUCUUUUUCUUUUAAAUUGUUUCAAAUGUGAUUCGCGAUCACUUUUUAGCGAUUUAUUCGUUAUUCGGAGUUUCGAUGACGAGACUCCUUUUGUUUUUAUCAACGAUACUAUUCGCAGUGUUUUAGUGAAUGCAUCGGGUCUCGAAACGGUAGUCACGACGUCAAUCAAUUUUAGCGAAUUUUUGUUUUAUCGUAAUCUCCUGCGAAUGUUACAUUUUAACCCCGCGGAACGAUGGAAUUGCAACGAAGGGGAAGAUACGGAAAUCAUGAAUUUGACGAAUACUAUUUUUUUAUUAUAGAUAUCAGUGUACUCGCAAUUUCAGAGACAUGUCGGUCAAUCGAUAACGGAGAAUCGGAAUCUGUUGAUCGCCUCUGCGAGAACCAAGAUGUCUACGCUCGCUGCGUUCCGCUUCGAGAUUUCGAUCGACGAAAUCGUCUCGAAAUCGUUUUGAUUCACGCACAAUCUAUAUGCUUCGUACGCCACAGUAUGCACGUAUUUCUUCUGGACGACACAAGUUUCCGAAACGUGUUUCUCUUUUCUUUUUUAAAUGUAAUAAUAGACUUAAAAUUUGCAGGUUUUCGUGAUCAGCUGUUAACCCUUUCAGGACGAAUAUCAUGUAAAAUUGUCGCGUCUAUAAUAGAAAGUUGCGAACAAAUCAUUGAUUAACACCUUGACUGCCAAGUGAACACUCGUCGAAAUUCCUGUGCAGUCGAAACAGAUCUCGGAACAAAGCAGAAACUAAGGAACCAAGAUUCUUCGUAAGGAUCACUCUUACGUCUCGCAUAUCCAACGAAAUUCGGCUCGUUACCAAGACAAUUAAUCUCUAAGUUUACGUGAAAAGUAGUGUCACCCAACUUCGGGUGACGUGGCAGUCAAUGUGUCAAUUUACACAAUUUUCCUAGUACUUUUCUUCUAGUAUUCAUAAUUCAAUGUUUCUUCCAAUAAACAUCUCGAAUACCCCCGAAAAAAAUCGUCCACGAAGGGUUAAACGGAUUCCCAUCGUCUAAUCGAAUCACGAUUACACGAAAUUACGAUUCCCAUUCGAUCCAGGAAACAACUUGCUGUUUCCAGUCGCGGAAACUCCUAUCGCGAGCUGUGCACACGUUAAAAGACAUUUCUUACGCAUUUCACGCGAGACCGUGUUUCUUGAGAGACCAAUCGUUUUGUAGUUAUAUUUUCCCGCAGAUAGUUCCUCGCGGUCGCAACUAUAUUUAUUCUUGAUUCGUACAGUUGAUCGACACCGAUCGUGCCAGAGAUUUCAGUGUUCGCGUCCGCCAUGCACGGGGACCGUUAGAAAAGUUCAACGAUUCGACGACGGAGAUCAAUGGAUCAGCUUAAUCAUUGUUAAUAACCGACCAAAGUUUCGUUUUUAAUUGUGUUCGACAGCGUUUGCACAAAUUUGUCUAUCGACGGAUGAUUGAAAGGGACGACGGGAUUGAAUGCGGAGGACGGAAGUGUGGAUACAAGGGUGAAUGGGACGGAUGAUAGAGACAACUGUUAGGGGACGGUGCGUGAACGGGAGAGAGAAAGAGAGAUUGAUAGGAGACACGUAGAAGCACAUAGAGACACGAUAUCGCACGCGGAGAAUGCUUCACGGCGCAAGGACGAUUAUUAAUAAACGAGAGUUCUUCCCAAGUUCUUCUCGUUCGUGUAUUUUAGCGGACAAGCCUAAACGUUGCACAACUAACUAAGACAAAUCGCUCUGGGAUAGAAGCAAACAGGAACGAAAGAAAGCAAGAAUGAUAGAGAGAAAAAGAGAGAGAGAGAGACUGCGUCGAUGCAAGCGUAUGAAUGAGGGAGAAAGAGAAAAAUAGAGAGAAAGGGAGAGAGAGAGAAGUGUAACGAACGAAGGAGGCAUGAAAUAGACAAGUAAGAAGAUCACCGAUGUACGAUCGAACUGUAAUCGAGUAAAGUUGAUGUUAUUUAAAGUAAUAAAAGGAAGCUAUUAUA